AUGAGCUACUUUCUAAACUUAGAUACCUCAAAGAAAACUCAAGAUGUUUCUGGCAUCAGUGACGUAACGGAGAAUGUGUAUGAAAAGGAAAUUAAGGAAAUGAAUGAGCUGAACAGCUCAAACGCUAUUGUUCAGAAAAAAGAAGAGAUGGAAAAAUCAUCGAGCAGUCAUAAGGAAAGAAAACAUUUAAAGAAGAAUAAUUUUAUGAAAAUUUUUAAAAAGAAAAAGAAAAAAUCGACAAAAUUGAAAGAGACAUUUUCUAAAAUAUACGAUUCGAAUUGUGUGUUAACAAAUCCAAAGAAUGUGGAUGAAGAUAAAUAUUAUCUUUCUUUUAGUGAGUUAAAUAAAUGUGACGACAUGUCUGAUAAAAUUGUGGAGGAUCACAAUCCAGAUGAGAAAAAAAAUAUAGACAAUUUACAUUUGAAAGAGAGAAAAAAAAAAAAAGAAAAAUUGUUAGAUAAUAAAAUAUCAAGAGAGAAUAGGAAAAAAAUAAAGACUAAAAAAAAGAAAAAAAAUAUAUCUCCCAUUAUUUAUAGUAAUAACAAAGAGAAUGACAAAAUUACAAACUAUAAAAGCAAAGAAAAAUGUGAAAAUGAGGAAGAAGACAAAAAUAUGAAUUUUGAACCUCAUGAAGAUUUGAAAAAAGAAAUUGAAAAAAUAAAAAUAGAUAUAGAUAAAAUUAAGAAAAAAGGAAAUGUAAAAAGAAUUUAUGAUGAUUUAAAAUAUAUAUUACUUUUUCAAAAUGAAAUAAUUGAUAUACUAAUUGAAGAUAUCAGAAAAAAUAAAUUAAGAACAAAAUAUGAUUUGUUAGAAGAUAGUACAGUUAAAGAUGAUAUAAAUAAAAUGAUUUUAAAUCACAUAACAUUGGAUCUUUUGAAAUUUAAAUAUAUCAAUACAAAAUUGAGGGAAUUAAUUCUAUGCGUGUAUGACACGAAAAAAUUUAAUGCUUUAAUAAGAAAAAUAAUAUAUAGCAAAAUGGACGAAAUGAAAAAUAUAGUAGAUAAAAAUGGGGAGUUAACCUUUGGAAAAACCAUGUUGACUUUUUUAUACAAGCAAUUGAAAUAUUGCUUAGAAGAAGAGGUACAAUCUUGUUACAAUGAAGUAAAAAAUCUAAACGAUGAUAUACAUAACUUAAAAAAAAAUGUUAUAAAUAUUAUUUUUAAUUCUAUAAAUAAUGUGUGUUUGCUACCAGAUCCAAAGGAUCUAUAUCACAUGAAUGAAACGAAUAUGAAAUAUGAAAUAAAUAUGAGGAAAAAACAGACCAUGUUUCCAGAUUACCAGAAUGAUUUGAAUAACUUUUUUCAUCUAUAUGAUAAUGUGCAUGUAGAAAAGGACAGUAGUGGUAGAAAAGGAAUAGACAGAGAUAAAUUUAAAAAUUUUUGUAUUUUAAGUAGCACAAAAAAGGAUAAUCACCUUUGUGAAAACUAUUUGAUUAAUAAAAAUAUAAAAUUUAGUGAUAAUAUCGGAGGCAUUGUUGACAAUAAACAUAUGAUAAACCUAAAUAAUUAUCAAAAAUGUGAUCCUCCAACUACCAUUUUUAACAAUUCUUGUGUGGAUGAAAAUGGGCCUAAGAGGAACGACGACAAUUUUAGUUGCCAUAAAUUUAUUUCUCACAGUAUUCCUAUAAGUAUGAUGGAUUUGACGAAAGGAACACAGAUACCAUAUCGAUAUGUACCACAUGUGAAGCCAGAAAAAAGAGAUAAUUACAUGAACAAUUUGAACAAUUAUAAUUGUAGUGGCAAUGCUUCAUUCUUCAAUAAGAAAUAUCACCAAAAUAACGCAUCUUGCAUCUAUGAUAAAAAUAGUGGCAAAAUAAUACAAAACAAUAAUAAUAGGGACAAUCUUCUAAUGAUGGGUGAUACGAAACAUUGUUCCCUAUUUUGCAAUGACAUAGGAACAGCUACAAGCUUGGAUAGUUAUAAAGAAUAUAAGCAUAAUCAACAUAUUUUGGGGAAUAAUACGCAUGUUCAAUAUGAUGGAAGAAAUGUAUUCGAUGUUGCGAAAAAAGGAGAUAUAUUCAUUUAUGAAAACGUGGAUCAACAUCCGAAGAUAUUACAAACUGUGGUUUGCAACAAUUCUGUUCAGUGUAGCACGAUGCCAUAUAUUGUGGAGACGCGUAAUAAUAGAGAAGUGAUGAUGAAUGGAAAAACUAGUAACUUGCGUAGUAUAUACAUGAAUAAUGAGUAUGACAUGACAAAUGGUAAUACUAAUACUAUGGGCAAUGUGAUGAAUUACUCUUUAUAUAAUGGCGAUAUUGGCAUUACCCCAUCAGGUGGGCAUGGUCAAUGUGAAAAUAAGUUCGAAAUAAAAGAUUCUAAUGAAUACAGUGGGUUUGAGAUAAUAUCGAGUAAGGAAGACAUAAAAAAGUUGGAAAAUUUUUUAAAUGAUAAAUGGGGAAGUUUCAAACUAUUUGAAAAAUGGAUUAAGGAUUGUUCGAAAUGGCAAUGGAUAGAUUUACAAUUACAGAGAGAAUAUAUAAGUAGUAAUGUUGAAUUAGAAAAACUUAAAGAAGAAAAAAAAAAAUAUUUAGAAAAAUGCAUAAAUAAAAAAAUUAAAGAAUUGUGGUGUGGCCGCAUGAAAGGGCUAAUGAACUUGCGACUAUGCGAUAUAGAAAAAAAAUUAAUAAAAAAUUUUAGAACAAAUAAUAUUAUAAGCAACAAUAUUUACGAUGUUACACUGGAUUAUGAGAGAAAUGCAAUGUGCUACCAAGAUUUGUAUGCAAAGAUAUUACAUCUAGAAUGGGAUAAUAAAAAGACAAGUUCAUUAGUAAAAAAAAUUGAUGAAUGCAAAGAAAGGAACACUGCUUAUGAUGAUGUUAAUUUUAUUAACAGUGAGGAAAAGAAGGGAAGCAUUACCAAUGCAGAGAAUACGAAACAUUUUAAUAAGAAAAAGGGAUAUAUGCAAUCAUUAAUUUACAGUUUUAAUAAAAAAUCAAAUAAGCACAAUAGUAAUAAAAAGAAUUCUCAGCUGAAACAAGAACAUGAACAUUCUGACCAAAAAUGUAAUAGCAUUUCGGUGAAGGAGUCCAAUACAAAAGAUGACAAGCAUGUGAUAAACAAAGAGAAUGAUAAUCAUAAUGAAAAAAGUAAUAAAAAAGAGAAUGUCAACAAGGAUGAAGCAGAGGUGAAAGGGUUAUUGAAAACACACGACAACAGAUGCGACAAUUCGCACGUUUUAAAUGCUUCUUACUUGAGUAAUGAUUCAUGUGUUAUCCGUGAUUCUCAUGUUAGAAGCGGCUCUCAUGUUAGAAGCGGCUCUCAUGUUAGAAGCGGUUCUUAUGUUAGAAGCGGUUCUUAUGUUAGAAGCGGUUCUCAUGUAACAAGCGGUUCUCACGUUACAAACGGCUCGCUCGUUAAAAGCAGGUCACACGAUAGCGGCUCUUCUAGUUCCUCCGGAAGUGUAAAACGAUCUACUAAAAAGAAAAAAGAAAACAAUGGCUCCUUUUUGGGUAGCUUCUUCCUUUUCAAAAGCGAACCAAAUAAAAAGAGUUCUGGAAGCAAGUCGGAUAAUUCUAAAUCCACAAGAAAAUCCAAGUCCAGCAAUUCACAUAAUGAAGAUGAAUAUUCUAUGGGAUAUUCCAAAAUAGAGGAAUCUGGUAAAUAUAACAGAAAAAAGAAAAAGAGCAAAAAGAGUAAUAUGAGUGCAUUUAAAAAAAUAUUUUACCUAAACAGGAAGAAAAAAAGUAAGGAAAUUUCCACGGACAGCAAUAAAUCUUCGUUUUCCUCGUCUGCGAAGGGUGAGAAAAAAGAGAAACGUUCAAAUGAAAGACAAACAGCAAGCAAGGCAGAUAAAGUGGAAAAUAAAAAAAGCGUAAUAAGUCAAAAAAGCAAAGUAAGUAGAAGAAGUGUAAGCAAAGGCAACGUCAACAAGAGUGACAUGGCGUCAAAUGGUAAAUCCCCUUCCUCUGAAGAUGAAUUUAAAUAUGAUGACGAAUUUGAAUAUGAAAUUUUAGAAAAGGAAGUGGGUGACCAUUUGCACUUGGAAGAAGAAAAGAAAAAAAAAAUGCUUAUUGAUAAAUUAAAUGAAGAAGAGUGUUGUGAAAUGUUUACAAAGUCUAAUGUUAGCAGUCAUGGAGGCAUAAAGGCAAGUUUAAACAAGUUGCAGGGAGGAGACAAAAAAGAAGACAAGAAGGAAGACAAGAAGAAAGACAAGAAGGAAGACAAGAAAGAAAACAAGAAAGACGAUAAAGGAAAAGAUAAAAAACUAGACAAAAAGGAACUUAUGAAACAUAGUGGAGACAGUGAAACAGAACACACUUCGACGAAGGAAAUUGAUGAACAUGUGGAAAAAAAUACAAUCCCUUUAGCUCAUGCAAAACUGUGCGAAUUAAACAAGGUUAACUCCUCUUUAGAGAUGCAGUCGAUUAGUUUAAGAAAAAAUUCGAAACAAAUACAGAACAUAAUAGAUAAGAAGGCUAUAUCGUUUAUCAACAAUAAAUCUUGUAGGAUGGAUGAACACAAAAAGCGGUGGAGUCGUUAUGAAGAAGGUAAUCUUUAUAUGAAAAAAGUAGAAGUAGAAGAAAAAUCAUUAACUAAGGAGGCCUAUGGUGGAGAAAUAAAAAAUGAAAACAAAAAAAAUAACCCUAUUGCACAUUCAGACAUUUCUUACUAUUCACAUGAUGAGGAAGAAGAAUUGGAAGAGGAUGUAGAGGGGGCGAUGGAGGAUACUACGAGUAAUAAAUACGACAAAUUUUCUAGCUUAGGUUCUAUUAAGAAUGGAAAUAAAAAAAAUAAAUUUAAUAAAUUUUUUAAGAAUUUAGGAAAAUUUAGCUUCAAGUCCUCCAAAAAAAAGCCCAAAGCAUUGUCAGCCCAUACGAACGAUAUAAUUUUAAAUAGUGUACCUAGUGUCGCUUCAAAUGAAAACAUUGAUGGCCAAUUGGAUGAAGAGAUAUUAGAAAAAGAUUGCAAACGUGAUGAUCUUAAGGAGAUUAUUACUCACGGGCAGAAGUAUAUUUCUAAGAGCUUCUUAUCAAAUAGUGAUUUGAGUAAGAAGAGCGAAGAUAAGAAGGACAAGCGAAAAAUGAGCAACCAAGUAGAUAAGUUAUAUACUUAUAUAAAUAAACUGAAAGACAAAAAAAGAAUUUCCACCGAAAUGGAGGUAACUCUUAGUGGUGAAGCGAUGAAUUAUCCAAAGGAAGGUAUAGGAAAUAAAAUAUUUGAAGAGACAAAAAGCGAUGUCUCAAUAAAGCAAAAUGAGAAUUUGCUUCCCUCGUUUCAUAUUAUCAGCCGUGUGGAAACAGUAAACAGUAUGAGUGUAUCCAAUGAAAACAUUAUGAACGAGAUGAAGAAAACGGAUAGAGACAUGAACCCCUUAUUGAACACCGUACAUAAGAGUAGUAAUAUUGACAAGGGGAAAAAGUUUCUGAAUGAAAAUAUUUUAGAUGAGAAUAGUUUUAACGGUCAGAAGCUAUCACCUAGGUUUGGUUACAGCAUGUCUAAUCAUAACCUCUCAGAAUGUAAUUGUAAUUCCGUCGACUGUAGCUCAGGAAAGUGUAAUUCACUUGGAAAUAAAAUAUCAGAGGGAAUCUUGAAAAAUGUGAAUGAAGAAGCAAGGGAAGAAGAGUAUAAGUGUAGUAGUAAAAGUUACGAAUGGAAUAAUGUGACAGAUACAAAAAAAAAGAAAAAAAAAAAAGAUAAGAAAGAAACGAAAGAACAUAACAAAAGAAAAGAAAUUAAAACGCCCAUUUUAUCCUCAUCAGAACAUUUAAGUAAUUACAUAAAAGAAAAAAUCGAGGCUAAGGAGAAUGAAGAAAUUGAGAGAUAUGUGAUGAGCUCGGAUAGCCAAAUUACUGGGGAGUUAUUUGGUGAUGUAAUGUACAGUAGUUUAUAUCUUGGUGAAAAGAACAAAAUACUCAAAAGAAAUAUUUCGAAAAAAAUUUCAAGCAAAGAGAAUAGUACAAAAUUGUCAAAGUAUAACAAAAAAAGGAGUAGAAAACGAGACGAAAAUUCAUCAAAUUCUUUGGACUUUGUUAGAUUAUCAAGUUUUAAGUCAAAACUAAAUGUGAAAUUGACGUCCAAUAACAAAAAGGGAACUUCUCCGUCAUUGUCUGAUUCAAAAUACUCACAAAAUUCGCACGGGUAUAUGUCGGAAGGAAGGAAUGAGGAUAAUAAUUCGUACUACAAGUAUGUUCAAUCAAUAUUACCCUUUGGAAUGAUGACACAAAUGGAAAAUACUAAUCAUGAGGUGGAUUCUGAAAACAAAGGAAAGGGAAGUCUAUCUGAUAGGAAUAGCUAA